AUGUCUUCCUCCUCUUCCUCGUCCUGGAUCCGGACUCUCCGAGCCUUCCUCCUCCUCCUGCUCCUCCGGCUCCUGCUCCUUCCGCCGUGCCAACUUCACCCGCAGCCGUGCCACCUCCUGGCGCAGAUCGGACACACGGUGCGCGUCGGUGCGCUCCUGCCGGCGCAGCGGGCGGCUCGCGUACAGGUCCAGGCGGCUCUGAGCCGCGCGGCGGCGGCGCUGAGUCGAGAGCGCGACCCGGAGCGGGACCCGGAGCGGGACCGGGUCAACCACCUGCCCUACAACCUGAGCCUGGAGCUGGUGUCCCGGCCGCUGGCCGCCGCCGACCCGGAGUCGCUGCUCCGCGGCGUGUGCCAGGGCGUGGCGGUGCAGGGAGUGUCGGCGGUGCUCGCCUUCCCGCAGAGCCGCGACGAGCUGCUACAGGUGGACCUGAUGGCGUCCUUCUUGGAGAUCCCGUUCCUCAGCGUCGUGGAGCACGGGGAGCCGCUGCGCACGCAGAACCAGUUCCACCUGCAGAUGGUGACGGGGGUCCCAGAGUCCGGCCUCUCCGAUCUGCUGUUGACUGUUCUGCAGCGGUCCGGUUGGAGGGAGGGUACUGCAGUUCUGUGUCGGGGCUGGGAGGAGGCUCAAGGUCUCCUGCAGCUCCUGGACCAUCAUGGCAGUGCAUCGUGGGAUGGUGGGAGCAGCGUCAACUGGCACCUGCGAGCCCUCUUGAACCUGACGCAGUCGUCCCACGAUGAUACGCAGAUCCACGAUUUCCUGUCCCGACACUUCAGACAGAACCAGCCACCACCAGCGUCAGUACUACUGUUCGGGGCCGACCCACAGUGCGCGGCGGCGGUGCUGCGCAGCGCCCAGGACCUGGGCCUGACAUUACCCAUGGUGCACUGGGUUCUGGGCCAGCCACUCAGCCCUGACGCGCUGCAUGCCAUCGGGCUGCCACUCGGCCUGUUGGCCUACGGAGAGGUGGAGAGGAAACCGCUCGACUUCUACGUCAGAGACGCCCUGCAGCUCGUGACCAGAGCCAUGGCUGCGGCGACGGUGGUGAGACCAGACCUGGCUCUGAUCCAGAAUAUGGUGAACUGCUACGACAAACCCAACAAACAUGAGGUGCCAUCAUCAGGACAGUACCUGUCCAGGUUCCUGUCAAACACAUCUUUCUCUGGACUCACGGGUCCAGUUCGAGUCCACCAGAACUGGUCUGAGGUUCAGACCUCACAGCGAUUCCACAUCUGGAGCCUGCGGCGGGAUGCGCUGGGUCAGCCCACCUGGGUGACAGUGGGCAGCUGGGAGGGAGGCCAGCUCCAGGUGGAGGACCAAGGGGUCUGGCAGGGGCCCAAAUCUCGCCACAAGACAGAUGGGAUUGGUGGGAAGACGAGAGUCCGCUGGAGAGCAGGGAUGCCAGUUGCAGGGAGUCGGGUCCGGGUGGUUACCCUGGUGGAACAUCCCUUUGUAUUUACACGGGAUGUGGACGAUGAGGGAAGCUGCCCGGCUGGUCAGUUCUGCCUGGACGCCAGCACCAACAACUCAGAGAGCCUGGACAGGUACUUCAGGGAGGUGGCCGGCGGGAACGGCAGUUUCUUGCCUUCAGAGUACAGCAAGUGCUGUUAUGGAUACUGCAUCGACCUGCUGGAGAAGCUGGCGGAGGACAUGGGUUUUGAGUUCGACCUUUACAUCGUUGGAGAUGGAAAGUAUGGAGCGUGGAAGGGGGGCCGCUGGACUGGGCUGGUGGGGGAUCUUUUAAAUGGUCUGACAGACAUGGCUGUCACCUCCUUCAGCAUUAACUCUGCUCGGAGUCAGGUGAUCGACUUCACCUCGCCCUUCUUCUCCACCAGUCUGGGCAUCCUGGUGCGCAGUAAGGACACAGCAGCCCCUAUUGGGGCCUUCAUGUGGCCCUUGCACUGGUCAAUGUGGGUUGGAAUCUUCCUGGCACUGCACAUCACAGCCCUGUUCCUCACGCUGUACGAAUGGAAGAGUCCUUUUGGUAUGACACCUCACGGACGCAACAGGAUGAGAGUGUUCUCGUAUUCGUCGGCUCUCAAUCUGUGCUACGCAAUCCUGUUCGGACGCACUGUUUCUUCCAAGACGCCAAAGUGCUGGACGGGCCGCUUUCUUAUGAACCUGUGGGCCAUCUUCUGCUUGUUGGUGCUGUCCAGCUACACCGCCAACCUCGCUGCUGUCAUGGUGGGAGAGAAGACCUUUGAGGAGGUCACAGGGAUCCAUGAUGCCAAGUUGCAUCAUCCGUCGCACGGUUUUCGUUUUGGGACAGUGAGAGAAAGCAGUGCUGAGGAUUACAUGAAGAAGAGUUUUCCAGAGAUGCACGAGUACAUGAGACGCUUCAACGAACCGACCACACCUGAAGGAGUCGCCACCCUCAAGACAGAUCCUCCUCAGCUUGACGCCUUCAUCAUGGACAAAGCUCUGUUGGACUAUGAAGUUUCCAUCGACGCAGACUGUAAACUGGCGACUGUCGGGAAACCGUUCGCCAUUGAAGGUUAUGGUAUUGGUCUCCCUCAGAACUCUCCUCUGACCUCCAAUAUCUCAGAGUUCAUCAGCAGAUAUAAGUCAGACGGAUACAUGGACCUACUGCAUGACAAGUGGUACAAAGUGGUUCCCUGUGGGAACCGAGUGUUUGCUGUCACUGAGACUCUUCAGAUGGGAAUCAGUCACUUUUCGGGGCUCUUCGUCCUAUUGUGUGUUGGCGUGGCGGGAGCUUUACUUACCCUGGCAGGUGAACAUGGUUUUUACAGACUCGUCCUGCCUCACAUUCGCCGCCGACAGAACCUGAAAUACUGGCUGCAUACUUCCCAGAAGAUCCAUCGAGCUCUGAACAUGACGUAUGAAGACGUGAAGAAGCAGCAAACUGAGAAAGACAAAAGCUGUAACCUGAAGUCUCAGUCUGCUCCGGCCCCUCCUGUUCCUGGAGCUUCAGCGAAGUGGAACAAUGAGAUGAGUAAAGAUGCUGCUGUGGCCGCUGCCGCUAAAGAUGCCCGGGACUUCAAACGAGUCCACUUCAACCUCGAGACCCUCAACACUCGUCGCCUGCUUGCUCGUAUCGCUGCCUCUGAUGCCAAAGCAGGCGGGACCAAGGCAGACGAGGAGGCGCCAACAAAGCCGAAGGCGGGCCAAAACAGCAGGUUGUGUGAGAAUGGAGGGCCAGCAGCUUCAUUGGCCAGCCUGGUGCUCUCCCUUCCCUCCUCGUCCUCUUCUGCCCAACCCAAUGCCUCCACUGCACCUACUGCAGCUCCUGCAGGUGUAGCCCGUCCCCUCGUAUCUUCAACGACUCCGGCUACAGUUGCCCCGCCCCUCACACCUGUUGUCCCGCCCCGGCCCGGUGAGCUGCAGGAGCUGCAAGAACAAAUUGAAGAGAUGAGGGAGAAGCUGAGGACGGCUCUGGCCAGGAGGGCCGAGAUCCAGACCACUCUGGCCAAACCUGUUGUCACAGUGACAAACAGUCCAUCUCCAGUCACCACAAUGACAACAGUGACAGUGACAACAACAACAACAACAACAACAACUACAGGAGCCCCGCCCACCUCCUCAUCCACCGUCGCCCCGGUAACUCCCCUUCCUGCCAACACCAAGUGUGUGAUGACAAUGACGGACCCACCCCACAAAGUUCUGUCCAAAGUCCGACCACUCCAAAGCAGACUGGCCAGUCAGAGGAGGUGAUGCUCUCUGCUGAGGUCACAUGACCCAUUGCCCACGGCGGCCAUUUUAAUCAAAGAGGGGGAAACGAAUACAUUUUAUUUUUAAAAAGCAAUGCUAUCAUAGCUGCAAAGCUCCUGUUUGGACAGAAGCAGCUGUUGAAAGAGAUCAGACAGACACAAAACCUCUUAAUCCAUGCUGAUGAAUCACAUUCAUCACAGUCCACGACUGUGUUCAUUUCAAGAAUCAUGUUUCACC